AGAAAUAGCAGGGGUGAAAAGUGGAAAACAAAAAACAAUCGGGUCAAUUACAAAAAUAACAUUGAUAUAUAUUCACACACAUCUCAUCUCAGUGCAUCAACUCGAACGUAACCCUAGAGGCAUUGCGGCUGCUGAAGUGAUCGGAGCUUGGCAACAAUGACGUUCAAGCGUAGAAAUGGAGGUCGUAACAAGCAUGGUCGUGGCCAUGUCAAAUUCAUCCGAUGCUCCAACUGUGGAAAAUGCUGUCCUAAGGAUAAGGCUAUCAAGCGUUUUCUCGUGAGGAACAUUGUUGAACAGGCUGCUGUUAGAGAUGUUCAGGAAGCGUGUGUUUACGAUCAAUACACUCUUCCAAAGUUGUACGUGAAGAUGCAGUACUGUGUGUCAUGUGCUAUUCACUCUCAUGUUGUGAGGGUCAGAUCUCGCACUGACAGGAGGAAGCGUGAGCCUCCACAGCGUUUCAUUAGGCGCAGGGAUGAUGCACCCAGGCCCGGCCAGCCCGGUCAAGCCCCACGCCCUGCUGGACCAGGCGCUCCUCCAGCCCGUGCCUAGAAGCUAAUAUGAAGUUUUUUUUUUCUUUUUUUGUGUUGUUGGAUCAGAUUUAUAUCAUGAACCUCAUUUGAUUUGCUUAAUUUUAGAUUCCAGUUGUGUAGCAACAUUAUGUUAUUGUCUGAUGUUUUGCUUGUGUUCUUGGGCAAUACCUACAUUUUGGAUCAUUUUAAUUUGAUGCUUUUGAAUGAGUGGACCUUGAUAUUUAAUAA